AUGGCUGUGCCCAAGACAAUGAAAGCUGUCGUCUUAAGAGGAAGGCUCAAAGUUAACACUGAAGAGGUCCCAGCGCCCGAGAUUCGUGACCCUAGGGAUGUCAUUAUCAAAGUCUCCUUGGCUGGUCUGUGUGGUUCCGACUUACAUCAGUAUCGCGGAGAAGAGCCAUAUGGAUUCGUGAUGGGUCACGAGGUAGUUGGCGAGAUCGUCGAGACAGGUUCGGCAGUCAAAAAGUUCAAGAUAGGGGACAAAGUCUUGUCUUCUUUCUGCACCAGCUGCGGGGAAUGCUCCAACUGCCAGGCUGGAUGGACAGCUAGAUGUCCGAUUGGGACGGUUCCUGGGCAACCAAGUAUCGCCGGCGCGCAAGCGGAAUACUUUCGACUACCCCUGGCAGAUUCUACCUUAUUCCCCGUACCGGAUGACAUCCCUGCCGAGCUCAUGCUGCUGAUGGCGGAUAUCUUACCGACGGGGUUCAGCGUUGCUAUGAACGCUCGCAUGCUUAGUGGCAAGAUAGAAACGAAAGGAGUAGCUGUAGUCAUUGGUUGUGGACCAGUCGGACUCUGCGCAAUAACAUCCGCCACAACCAUGUAUGAGACAGUUUUUGCGACUGAUCUGUACAUUCCCCGGUUGGAAGCCGCAAAGCGACAUGGAGCCAUCGCGCUGCCCUUGGCGGAUCUUGAAGAGGAGCUGAGCAAGCGUACAGAUGGUCAAGGAGCCGAUGCAGUUCUGGAGGUGGUCGGCCAUCCUUCAGCCAUGGUGACGGCAAUGAAGCUGGCGAGACCAUGUGGCGUUAUCAGCAGCUGUGGGGUUCACUCUAGGGAGAUUGGGCUUGACGGAGAGAUGCUGUAUGACAAAAACUUGAGGCUACAAUUCGGCCGAUGCUCUGUGCGCACAUAUUAUCCGUACGCCCUCGAGAUCUUGAGGCAGAAUCAGGAGCUCUUCUCAACAUUCAUCGAGCACAAGGUCAGCCUGGAUCAAGCGCAAGAGUACUAUACACUGUUCGAGCAGAACAAGAUCGCAAAGACUGUGUUUGUGCCAUGA